CGUACCAGAGUGUGCAUGUCUCGCGCAGUGAAAACGUAUUAUUGUAACUUGUGAUAAUUCCUCAGAAUAUAUUAUUCAAAUAUGAAAGUUCACGUCCUUUUAUCCCUAAUUAUCGGAGCAUAUGGACACGCAGACUGGACAUCGGACCUUCUAUCCAAUAUUCACCGCAUGACUGAAAAUAUCCACAACAAUGUGCAUCAAAUUCAGGAGCGAGUUCAGGCGAAUGUUCGCGAUCACUUGGCCCGAAUCGAUCAUCUCAAUCACGAUAUCAACCAGCGAGUCGCCGAAAUCAAUAAGGAAGUGGAAAAUGCCGGUCCCACACUGAGAAUAAAUUCAAACGGAGGCUCCUCUCGCUCAAUAAUCUCCGGACACCUUCCGAAUGGAGAGCCCUAUUUUCGGGACGUCGAGGAACGCACGAUUGGCGACACGCUCCAUCGUUUUGAGAAUGUGUACAAUCCGAAAACCCAGCAAAUGGAGAGAUACCACACGACUCUGGACCUGAAGGAUCCGAAUGCAAAGCCAGUGCCAGUGCCAGUACCGGGGGAGGCGAAAGCUCCAGGACCGGAGGAGACGAAAGCUCCAGGACCGGAGGAGACGAAAGCUCCAGGACCGGAGGCAGCGAAGCCACCCGAAGAUCACCAGAAGACAAGCCAUGAGUCACAAGUCGGACUCCAAUAGUGACAUCACGACCCGCGGGAUCGAAUCAUCAUGCGAUCCUUUAUCCUAUCUGUCAUUUAUCGGGGGUUUCAGUGGCUAGUUUCUAGGAAUUCUUUGUCAUUCGUUUCAACACGUGCCUGAGAUCGCUUUACGCUCAUCAGGAGUCUUAUUUCUUCUCGUAUUCUCAUGUCAUCAUUGGGGGAAUGACUCCAACUGUCAAUUGAUCCGUCUUAAUUGGUUGCGAUCACAUUUUUAAUUAUUCCAUUUUAAUCUCGCUGUCGGCCAAUGCAGAUUUAUUGAAAAUUUUUAAUUGCACUUGUACUCUUCUUUUAGAAUGGUGAAUUAAAUGUUUUAAUGUUGAUUAAAAAUGUAACUUACAGCGGUGAAUUUUAUUAAGCUGUCAUGUAUGACAAAGUACUUUAAAGCAAUAAAACGUUUUACGAAAAAUUAAA